AUGUUUGAAGUCAGCCAUGAGCCCUGCUAUCUCUUUGCAGAUGCAGCACAGGUCAUUCGCAAGUCAGUUCAAACAGUCACAGCUGGAGAAAAUGUGACGCUGAACUGUCGGUUGGCGAAAGAGUACAACGUUGUUCAGGUCACCUGGCAGAAGGAGCACGAAAAAAAUGAGCCCAACGUAGCUACGUACAGCAAUGUUCAUGGGUCUCGAGUGCUGGGCAAAUAUCAACGUAAUGUGCACCUUUCCCAAAGUGGGCUAACUGUUUCUGCCAUCACCUUCGAUCCGGUUACAUUCAAAGAUGAAGGAUGCUACAGCUGCGUCUUCAAUACAUUCCCCUUAGGAUCCAUCCCAGGCAAGACAUGUCUCAAGGUCUAUGCUUUUACAGAACCUACAGUGCAUGUAAAGCGUGUUAGCGAUCCAGACGAUGCAGGAGAAGAAGUGCUAGACAUAAGCUGCUCAGCAACUGGGAGACCAGCUCCAGUGGUCACAUGGAAGAACACCAAACAUCUUCUGAUCAAGCCAAACCAGUAUGUCAUCCAGCACCCAAAUGGCACAGUGACGGUUGUCAGCAAUUUCACUCAUGUAUCCUCCAUUAAUGUCUGGGACAACCCCAUACUCUGUGUUAUUCAUCAUCCAUCUCUGAACACUGCACAAGAGUUAACUUUACCUGAGAUUGAGAAGGAGCAAGACCAAAACAAGAAUUCAGCAACUGUCACUAAGACUAGCAGCUACAUAUUGCCUGCCGUGUUUCUCCUGGCGCUAGUUAUCUUUUCCAUCUCCUACUACUUGUGGAGACGACUUCCAGUAGAUAAGAAGCAAGACCUUCUAUCCUGGAGAGAAAAGUUUCCACGCAGCUAUGAUUUUGGCAAAGAAACAUUAAAUAAAAAACGCUAUGGCUUGCUUUUUGAAGAUCCAAAGUAA